AAAGUAUUCUCAAAUUGAGUUUGGAAAACGUCAACCUUUUUUUCCCCCCCUUAAAAAUGAAGAGGUACGAGGGACUAAGUGGUCAUGUCUUGAUGAUUUUUUGGGGUUUUGCUUUUCCUGGUGUUGACGGGCAGCUACUCGUAUCCGCGCUGGGCGCCACCCGUGCGAACACCCUCGCAGGCGCUAACCUCACCCUGGCCGUGUCCUUCAGCGGUGCGCCGGACCCGGCCGUGACCUGGUUCAAAGGCCGCCUCCCCGUCGUCACCUGGACGCUGGGCUCGGACGCCCCCCCGGACGUGGCGGAAGAAUACAGGCAAGCGCUCAGGCUGGAGCCCAACGGAUCUCUCAGCUUCGUCCGCGUGCCGCUCGGCUACGGCGGAGACUACACGGUGGAGAUGACCAAGUCUGGCCUGGGCGCCGUCUCCUUAAAUUUCACACUCAGGGUUUUUGAACUCUUGGAGAACGUGACGAUGACCGCUUUGCCCGACUUGAUCGAAGAGGGCAGCGAGCAGUUGAGCGUGCAAUACCGCAUGCUGCGAGGCGUGGUCGAGCGGCAGCUGUGGUUCUUCAACGGCCGCCCAGUAGCCGCAGGAGAAGACGGCUCGCGUUACCUGCUGCGGCCCGGCAGCCUGGCGGUCCGCCAGCCCCGCCGGAACGACACGGGACGGUACACCGUAUCGCUGAGCAACCCCUUCAGCAGUGUGACGCUCCACUUGAACGUCACCGUUUUGUACGGUCCGGAUGAGCCCAGAAUCCAAAUCAAGCCAGUUCAGGACUUUUACGUCUCCGGAGAUGAGCUCACCCUGUCCUGCCAGGCGGAUGGAUCUCCGCAGCCCCUCGCGGAGUGGACGUUUGGUGGCCAGACUCUCUCUGAUGACCUGAUGGGUGUCCUAAAUCUCACCGCGGUGCAGACCAACCAAAGUGGCCUUUACGUCUGUCGGCUGCGCAACCAAAUGACUGGAGCGCAACGGCAGCGGGCCGUUGCCAUAAACGUGUAUGAGAGACCAGCAGGAAGGGCGCAGUGCUCCGUAGUGUCCGAGGACAACCGAAGCUUGCGCUACAGCUGCCGGUGGUCGGGCGGAACGCCGCCGGCCGCUCUGUCCUUCCCGAGUUUCCGCGUGGGCAGCAGCCUGGAAAACGUUAACGUGACGGUCAACGCGUCAAGUGAACUGGAUGGGAGAAUUUUCACUUGCCGGGCACACCAUCCCGUGGAAAACAGCGAGUGCAACGUUACGGCCGAAAGUCCGCAGAACUUCUUCCCGAGCGUGAGAACUGAAGUGGACUCUGAGGGCAAAAUAGUGGUCAGCAUGCGCUGCCUGAGCCGGGCCACGCCCCCCGCCGCCGUGCGGUGGUUCCGAGGCGGCGAGCCGCUCGGCGGCGACGUCCUCACCGGUGACGACGGCGCCAGCCUCCGCAUCAGUCACCGCAACGUCAGCGUGCUCAUCCUGCAAAACUACACCUGCGCCUGCCGAAAUCCCCUGGGCAGCCGCAGCAAGCAUCUCCGCUUGCAAGAGCCGGCCAUCUCCAAUUUCAGUUUGUUCCCGCACAAGGAUGGAACCAUCGUCACGUUGACCUGGGAAGUCCCGCCCACCUCCAUUGUCACAGGUUUCGACAUCCAGAUGAGCGGACCGGCCCUGGCGAGCGCCGACGGCAGCAUCGCUCGCUCCAAAGGCAACGGUGACACGUUCCGCACCAUCCUGCCCAAGCCCGGCUCGGCCCGAAGCGCAGACGUCUUGGGCCUGGAUCCCAAAGCCACGUAUCGUUUCCGGGUUCUUCCCAGAGCUCUGAUGACGGAGGGCCGGCCAACAGAAGCCCGCCGCAUCGGCCCGGCUGAUGGUUUGAGCGGCCCGGCCAUUGCGGGCAUCGCGGCCGGAAUCCCGUGCAGCAUCCUCUUCCUGCUUCUCAUGUGCGGCCUCGUCUACUUGGCCUUCUACUGCAGCAGAGCCAAAAGACGGCAGACGAGUUAUCCUGUGUCCAGAGCUGUCGAAAAGGUGACGACUGCCCCGAUGCAGUCACCUCACAAUCUCUUACCAGGAGGUGUCAAGUCUCCCCCCGAAUACAACAGACUGCAUCAGACGCCGUCCAGCCUUUCGGUGGCCGCGCCGCCAUUCGUCCCGCCGCCGCCCGUCAGAGUCGCGACGACAGUCUGAGCCGGUUGAAUUUUUGUACAGUAGGCCUUGUUUUUCCAUUUUGUAUUAACGUGUGUGUGUGUGUGUGUGUACACUAUGAUGUAUUCUCUUAAAAUGUUUUUCACGAAUAAGUUUUUACACGACUCACAUUAAAAUACAGUUUAUGCUCAUUUUCGGAGCCGAUUUAAGUUUUUGAAGUAGUUUGAGCGCCUGAAUAAAUAUUUCAAGUUUGAAUGGUUUUGCAAGAGAAUUAAUCUUGUUCAUUAGCAUCAAUUAGUUUCAAAUGAUAUUUUUUAGAUCCUUUUACAGACAAGAAAAUGAGUACGAUCAAGAAAGUGUGCUUUUUAGCGCGACGGUAAGUCCACGUUUGAUUUUAUUUUAUUCUUUCUUGAAGUCCUCUUGUGUGUUUUCCACCCGGUUAGCGGUAGCGCUCGACGGCCCCUUCGUGCCGCUCCUUCAACGUGGGCCGGCCACUCUUCUGCACUCGUGCAUCCUGUAGGCACACAUGUAGAAUAUACCUGC